AUGGUAGCAGGAAACUUCGACGAGCCCGCCUCACUCGACGCUGCGUUCAAAGGGGCAUCGGCCAUCUUUAGCGUGACGGACUAUUGGAUUCUUUACGGAUCCCUUUUGGCACGGCAGCAGUCUUCCGCCAACGGUCAAAGCACGAUGCUUCUCGCGAAGGAAAAGGAAAUUCAACAGAACAAGAACAUCAUUGAUGCUGCUGCCAAAGUUGAGACCCUAGAAAGGUUUAUCUUUUCUAGUCUGCCCAACACCGAGAAACUCAGUGGAGGAAAAUACUCCCACACGAGUGUGCUCUAUGCGGGCUUCUUCCUGGAGAACUACCUCAAGCCUGAUGCAAGCGCAUAUCGUCCAAAGCUGGACAAUACUAAAAAUACACUGUCUUUGGCAGCCGUUGGCACGGUACAUCUUCCCAUGUUCUCGGCAAAGGCUAAUACCGGGCCUAUUGUCCACGCCCUUAUCCGCGAGGCAGCUGGCCAGAAGGUCAUUGCUAGUAACACAUGGCUCACUUUCCAAGAUUUUGCAAGGACACUAGCCAAUGUUCUUAGUAAGGACAUUGAAUUUACCAACGAACAGCCGAGCUUCAACAUAAGUGAUCCAGAGCUGGGACAGAAUUUUGCAGACAUGAUGGGGUGGUAUAUAGAGUUCAACUACGACGGCAGCAAGGUUGACAAGAGUGUGAUACAACCCAAGGAUCUUGGCGUUGAAUCGCACCUAAUGUCUGUAGAAGAGUGGUGCCGAAAGCAGGACUGGGAAAGAAUUCUAGAUGUUACCUAA